AUGUUGGACCCUCGUUUAAGCACACCCGCCUCACCCGUUGAUUCCGCCAUGUUCCCGCCCGUGUACAACCGUUCGUCUUCUUCAUCGUCUACGGCUUCCAUAUCUUCUGACACCCCCAUCACCAGUGUCAAUACCAAUGUAGCCAAACCAUCCCUCAACAUUUUAAAAGAAGAACUCGAGCCUUUUGAGUUCCGACCACGUCCCAAUGCAAUCCCGACACCUCGAUCCCAGGCGGCCACGUCUCUCAGUUCCGUCUUUGGAGAUCAAGACCUCAUCGACGCUAUCAUGUGCAGUCUCAACACGGAGCAGAACACCAAUCCAAGCGUCAACCAUAACGUCUCUACCCCGGCCUUUAACACAGGCUUCUCAAUGCCUCAUCGUGUCCAGCAAAUACAGGUUCCGCAGCCACAUUCGUUCACUGCGUUAAUGCAGCAGCGGCCGACCAGUAUUCCGAUGACCGACGGUCGGAUGAAACCGACCAUGACCUACCCGUGUCUUCGGAAGCCCGGUACUUUUCUCAAUAAAGACGGUCGGUGGAUCAAGGGCAAGCCUUGCCGAAUGGAAGGCUGUGAUAAACGCGCACAGUCAAACGGAUUGUGCAAAGGCCACGGAGGUGGUGCUCGAUGCAGCUUCACUGGCUGCAGCAAGUCGUCACAGGGUGGCGGGUUUUGUCGCGCACAUGGCGGUGGCAAGCGGUGUAUGCACGAAGGAUGUGAGAAGGGCACGCAACGCAACGGUUUUUGCUACCUACACGGCGGUGUCCGGUCCUGUAGCGUUGAAGGUUGCGAUAAGAAGGACCGAGGCAAUGGCAAGUGCUUUUCGCACGGAGGAGGACGCAAAUGCCAAGCACAUAUGUGCUUUAACAUGAUUCGUCGGGGUGCCUACUGUGAUCUGCAUAACGGCGAACUUGCUAACUCAUAA